AUGCGCCACCACCCGACUGCACUGCAGUAUCUCCUCGCUGCAACAGCCGCCAGCAGCCUCAGCUCAUAUGGCAUCCACCUUGCCGCCGCCUCCAGCGACCAUUUGCCUGACGCCCCGCGCGAGACGGAGAGCAGCCUGAUCGGCGGGCCGAUCAUUAGCAGCGGGGCUGGAUUUCCCGUUGCGCUGGACUCAUUCAACGGACUGGAUGUGCCAGGGCUGAGACAUGAAGACUUAGAGACAGGGUCAUCAUUAUUCCCUUCUGAAAGUGACUCCGGACAAUUGGAUCUUGUGCGGAGGAAUUAUCCCGCAGAUGCCAAAUCAUUAGGGAACAAUCAGUUCCAGCAGCCAGUCAUUGAAGUCGGCGGGAUUCAAUGGUUUUUCGUCACCAAGGAAGUGGUGAAUGGGGUCAAGGCGAAAACCACAUCCACAUUACCCGCGAGUUUGAAUGCUCGUGAAGCAGAAGAGGAAGACAGCCCGAAACUCGAAUUGCGGAGACGAGAAUUGCUCGACGAGGACGGCGAGGAGCGGGAAGAAGAGGAAGAGGAAGAGGAAUUAUUGGCCAAACGCGACCAAACGACCGUCUAUCUCUCGUUGACAACGUGUAGCAAGCCUACGACGAAUAGCACGGAUGCCGCACCGGGUACAUUUCCUCAAUUACAAAUAUACUAUUCGACAGACCCGAAGCUAUCCAAGCCCGGACCUGGCCAGGAUGAUAGCCGUCAGACUCUCGUCUCUGCCGUGAAUGGCUUCGCAAAUGCCUCGAUCACCACCGAUGGCGAUAUUUUCAUUGGCGUUGCUGCACCCAACUCCACAGUGUGGAAGGGGAAUUACAAAUAUCAAAUCGCCACCUCCAUCGAUGCCCCUUUCCACAGCGUUAUCGACAACGAUCCUUUCCUGUACUUUAUCGACGCCGACAUGUCUGCGGCACUCCUGGUCACCAACAACUUGACCCAAUCCGAUCCGGAUUCCACCAACUACAAGCAAUGGAUGAACCUCACCCCACCAUUUACCAUGUUUGCGCACAAUGUGAACAAUACCGCACUAGCAGGACUAGAACGGUCUUAUUGCGCGUUGGAACAACUGUCGUCGCUGGGAAGCAUCAGCAGCUCGACCGAGGUCGGCAUGACCUCUCGGGGAUUGGGAAAUAAACCCAAGGAGCAAUUUUACAUUACGGGAUUGAAUCGGAGUUCGACCUAUAACGGCAUCUUGGCCAUGCGUGGCAACUCGACGCAAUGGGAUAAUGGAAUUAUUGGCGGUGGUGGGAAGGUCUGGAAGGCAAUGAACUUUACCACCAAGGCUGACGACAACUGCGCCGUCCUCUUCAACCUCACUUUCUGCUCCGAGGUCGCAUAUGCCGUCCCCGCCAACCCCAAACGCACCAAUGUCAGCCAAUUGCGCAACAUUUACGACGAUUACGCCUCAAAAUACUAUCAAAACUUUAAUUAUAGCCUCCAGCAAGUCCAAUGCGACGCCAAACCCGAAUCAAUGUACUCUCUCGCUGUCGGCUGCGACGACUGCGCCCACGCCUACAAGCAAUGGCUCUGCAGCGUGACCAUCCCUCGGUGCGAAGACUUUUCCAGUACAGCCGACUACCUCCAAGUCCGCAACGCAGGCCAGGCCUUCAUCAACGGCUCCGCCCUUCCCGAAAAUAAUGCAUAUCGGACCAACCCCGUCACGAACGUGAGUCGGAAUCCGCUGAUCGACUCGGAGAUCCAACCGGGUCCGUAUAAGGAGAUCCUCCCGUGUUUGGACAUUUGUUCGUCGUUGGUCAAAUCCUGUCCGUCGACGCUGGGGUUCGGAUGUCCGACGGGGGACUGGUUGAAUGCGAGCUAUGGAUAUCGAAGCAGUGAUGGGGAUAUCACCUGUAGUUAUUUGGGGGCGGCGUUUUAUCUGAACCGUGCGUCGAAGACGGGACUGGCGCUGGAAUGGCCUGUCAUUUGGAUGGUUGUGGUUGUUGUUGUCGCCCUUGUCGAGGGUUGGGGUUUGUAA